GGCUUUGUCUGCUUAACGAGCAGCAAUAUCAUCCGAAGAGAACGAAAAAAUGGAAGCUUCAACCAUCCUAUGGCUCCUCUACGUCUCGCUCGCCUCUUGCCUCCUCUACAAAGUCUUCGUUUCCACUAAGAACGGCCACCCCAAGAUCGCCGCGCGGCGGCCGCCGGGCCCGACCCCCGUCCUCCUCCUCGGCAACGUGUUCGACCUCCGGGGCGAGCUGCACCUCGCGCUGGCGAGGCUCGCCGAGGAGCACGGCCCCGUGAUGUCGCUCAAGCUCGGCACGGCCACCGCCGUGGUCGCCUCCUCCGCCGCGGCGGCGCGCGACGCCCUGCAGAGGUACGACCACGUCCUCGCGGCGCGGGCGGUGUGCGACGCCGCCCGCGCGCUCGGCACCCACGAGCGGUCCAUCGUAUGGCUCCCCGGGAGCAGCGCGCUGUGGAAGCGCCUCCGCGCUGUGUGCACCAACCACCUCUUCUCCGCGCGCGGGCUCGACGCGACGCGCGCCGUGCGGGAGGCGAAGGUGAGGGAGCUGGUCGAGCACCUCCGAGGGCACGCCGCCGGCGCCGGCGAGGAGGAGGCGGCGGCCGUGGACGUCGGGCGCGUCGUGUUCUCGGCGGUCAUCAACCUCGUCUCCAACGUGCUCUUCUCCGAGGACGUCGCCGACCUGAGCUCCGACCGGGCGCAGGAGCUGGAGAUGCUCGUCAGGGACACGGUCGAGGAGGCCACCAAGCCGAACCUGUCCGACCUCUUCCCCGUGCUCGCCGCGCUGGACCUGCAGGGCCGCCGCCGGCGAACCGCCGUGCAUAUCAGGAAGUUCCAUGACUUCUUCGACGAGAUCAUCAGCCGCCGUCAGAACGCCGGCGGCGAAGGCGAAAGGAAGGAGGAUUUCUUGGACGUGCUACUUCAGCUUCACUCAGCUGAUCAGCUCAGCCUUGACACUAUCAAGACCUUUCUUGGGGAUCUGUUCACCGCCGGGACAGACACGAACUCGAUCACGGUGGAGUGGGCGAUGGCGGAGCUGCUCCGGCACCCGGCGGCGAUGUCGAGGGCGCGCGCCGAGCUGCGCGACGCGCUGGGCGCGAAGCCGCACCCGGACGAGUCGGACAUCGGCAGGCUGCCGUACCUGAGCGCCGUGGUGAUGGAGACCAUGCGGCUGCACCCGCCGAGCCCGCUGCUGAUGCCGCACGAGGCCGUCGCCGACGGCGCCGCGGUCGGCGGCUACGCGGUGCCCAGGGGCACUAAGGUGAUCGUCAACGUGUGGUCCAUCAUGCGCGACCCGGCGUCGUGGCCUCGCCCGGAGGAGUUCGAGCCGGAGCGCUUCGUCGCGGCCGGCGGGUCGUUCCGCGGCGGCGAGAUGCUGGAGUUCAUGCCGUUCGGGGCGGGGAGGAGGGCGUGCCCGGGGACGCCGAUGGCGACGAGGGUGGUGACGCUGGUGUUGGCGUCGCUGCUCCACGCGUUCGAGUGGCGGCUCCCCGGCGGGAUGCGGCCGUGCGACGUCGACGUCAGGGGCCGGUUCGGCACGUCGCUCAACAUGGUCACGCCGCUCAAGGCCGUGCCGGUGCCGGUGCCAGCGCGCCCGUGAUGCGAUUCUGCCCGUGUCGGUUAAGAGGCAGAUCGAUCGAUCCAGCUGGGGGUGAUUUAGAAUUGCUUCGUCCACCUCAAAAUAUAAAUGAUUUUAGAUGAAUGAAAUAUACUACCUCCGUUUUAGGUUAUAAAACUUUUUAAUAUUGUCCACAUUCAUAUAGAUGUUAAUGAAUCUAGGCACCUAUAUAUGAAUGUAGACAAUGCUAGAAAAUCUUAUAAUAUAAAACAGAUAAAGUAUUUUAGUACUACGUACAAAUCUCAAAUCAGACCAGUAGUUUAUCCAUUCAAAGUUUGAUGAAUGAUGGUGAUAGAGUGGGUGACAAAGUUACAAGGCUAAAAUGGAACCUGUGUCCUGUCACAAAUGGAACAAAACUUGUCGGGCCACAUGAAGUUGAAGCCUAUGGUGAUUGAUUGGGUAUGUAUGUUGUGUUUAUAUGGUUAAAUAAACAAACUUAAGCCAAAAA